AUGAACGGUUGUAAGUCGAGGAAAACCUGUAAAGUGAUUAUGUCUGGGCAACCUUUUAAGUUCUCGGUGUUGGAGAUUUGUGACCGAAUUAAGGAAGAAUUCCAGUUCCUCCAGGCUCAAUAUCACAGUCUGAAAUUGGAAUGUGAGAAAUUAGCGAGCGAAAAAACAGAGAUGCAGAGGCAUUAUGUUAUGUAUUAUGAGAUGUCCUACGGCCUGAAUAUUGAAAUGCAUAAGCAGGCUGAGAUUGUCAAGCGGCUGACUGCUAUCUGUGCCCAGAUUAUCCCGUUUCUCACGCAAGAGCAUCAACAGCAGGUCUUGCAAGCCAUGGACCGGGCCAAGAUGGUGACGAUGGGGGAGCUGAACAACAUCAUUGGGCAGCAGCAAUUACAACAUCUGUCCCAUCAAGCACCUCCGGUUCCCUUGACCCCACACCCUUCGGGGUCUCAGGCUUCUACCUUGGCUGCGGUCAGCACCACGGCGUCCGGGCUCCUGGCCCUCUCGGGGAUGUUGGGGGCUCAGAGCACCCUGGGGUCGAAGCAAGAAAGCUCUGGGCAGGACUCCGAAAACAAUCAAGUAACACGGUUGUUCAGUGAAUCUGGCUUCCCCCUCAUUGACUACGCUUGUCGGAAGGGCACAAAACGGGGACACGGCGACCGUCAUAAAUAUGAAACAAUGGCCAAGUAUCUGAAUUUGGACCACGUGACCACGGGAAUGGUGUGA